AUGCUCGCCUAUCAGCGCAAGACCCAGUCUAAGACCAUUCCUCCAGCUCCACUCAAUUUCGAGUCACCAGUCCUCUCACCUUUGCGCAUCAUGCCACAGCAUCAAGAUCUACCAGAGUCCAAUGCCAAAUUUGACUCUGAGUCCUCAUCAGAGUCCGACUCAGAUGACUCAGACGAAGAACUUGUACACGUCUGCACCGCAAUCACACCUGCACCCGUAGAUGCAACACCUCAGGAGCUCCGUCAGGCUCUCGAGGUCACUCAGAAGUUGCUACUCAACCUGCGUGGUAGAUACCGGGAGACUAUGAAGAGGAAUGCGCUCCUCGAGGCGGCAACAUCCAAAGGUCGCAAGCAACACAAUCUCACCCCAAACGAUCUUGCGAUGGCAGCCAAGGAAGAUACCAUCCGGGUUCUUGGGAGGAAAUACUCUAUCACUCACUGCCUUUGGAUUAACCUCGAGAUUUUACCACUGCGUACUUGUCCGGACAUUGAUCUUAACAGCAAGGAGCGCUGGAUAAGUGGGGUUUCGAUGGAGGAUGGUGUGAAGGCUGAACUCUUCCAGUUCAUUCCUGCAGAAGAGCGUGAAUUGAUGAAUUAUCAAAGCUUCGGCUCACAGUUCGGGAUGGGUGUCAGUAAUGCUCGUUCCGAAAUGGCUUCAGACGUCAAGGCAUACCCUGGAUGUCGUGCACUUUUAUUGAGUCCCCACGGUGACUAUACAAAGUUUGCACCGGUGCUGUUUCCUACACCCGAAAAGCCAGUACCAAACGAGAUGCUCAAAUCAGCAAAGCUGGUGCAAGUGUUGAAAGUAUCACUCUUCGGAAAAUCGUCAUUGGCUGCCACAGGCGCAGCAUCUUCUAGGAUGAAAGCCAAAAUCUGGAAAUUACGGGCCACAACACCAGGUAUGAUUGCUGCUGCUGCUGUCGUUGCAAUCUUCCUACUUUUGGGUGAUGCAGAACUGACUGAGAUUGGGGAGACCACUAAGAUACCAUACCGCGAAUACCAUAACUUCUUCCGUCAACGCCUACUGACUGGAGGCUCCUGGGCGCGCCAGGUUAUCUUAUUCUUCAAUGAUGCUCUCUUCUCGACUUCAUCCUCUGUCCCUCCUUCUGCCCAUGAUGAUGGACCAGGCCACAUGUAUGAAGAAGAGUUUGAGCGUGCCAUGGAACAGGAGCUUGAAGGACCGGUCUUCAACCCAAAUCAUUUGAAUGUUGUCGGUUCGUCAUUGCGCAAUUCACCACUCUCAGACUCCGAAGAUGAGGCUCGUCCUCCUGCACCUCUGAACCAUCCUCCCGCACCUCCCGCACCUCCCGCACCUCCCACACCUCUGAACCAUCCUCCCGCACCUCUGAAUCAUCCUCCCGCAGCUCUGACUGUCAAUGCAAUGGCAGCUCCCACUAUUGUAGCUCCACCUGUUCCAGCUCCUUCAGAGUCUAUAUCUUCCACAAUGGGGGACCUUGAUUUGGGGCAUCAAGAUGGCCAUGUUGGAGUUGAACAUUUAGGUCCUGUGAAAGCUGAUACUGCAUGCCCCAAACCAAAACCAAAGCCCUGA